AUUAUUUAAUCAGACUUUGGCGCUUGCUCGAAUUCGCGCAAUGUCAAACUGUAAAUGUCAAAGAAAUUUUAAAAGUCGUUCACAAAAAUUCAACCUUGCUAAAUAUCCAAAAACGGGAAGAUUAUAAACACUCAACACAUCCGUGCAUUACAUUAGUAACCCGCCCAUUAUGGAAAAUGAAGAUAGUGAAACGGCCGACAGUGAGGAGGUCAAGUCACGGGCCGUUGUGAAGUAUUCCGUUCCAAAACCGGCCCAAUUCAUUCGAUUAAAAUGUAACACCGACUUAAACCUACCCCCUUCAAAUUGGUUGAGUAGUUCGGCCGAUUCUUACGGCUUACAGCACGUUCUCUACCACCAGAAGGGAUUUUCAAGUUUCAGAAUGGCCCACAUGUUCCCUGACUGUGUGGGAGAAGUAGAUGUGGUUUCGGAUGCGGAAAACAUAAAAAACCUGCUUAAAAUACCCUACUGCAAAAACCACAUCAGUAUGAUGGUUCACAGAGUUGAAAACACUCUCCUACUUGAUGAUUUUGAUAUUUACAAACAUUUAUUGAGAACCUCCGAAACUGAAUGGAAGUGGCUCAAAGAGUUCUUUUUCGAAAAUGUCAACCAUGAGACUUACGAAGAGGACAAGAAUAUGUACAUUAAAAAUCGAAGACGGGAAACCUUACAACAGAAAAGUCUAGUUUCGAAAUUUCUGUAUCAUAGUUUGGCCGAAGGUGAUACUAAUGAAAAUACGUGUUAUGAGGACCCGAAAACCCUUCCUGUACCUUUACACGGACCCCAAUUGCCUGAACCUGUCUCCGCAACACCCGAUCCCAAGCCCUUUGAUCACAAUUACAACAGAAAUGUUGUUUGGACUUUUGAGGACAUUGAAAUGUUAAUAGGUACGGAUUUACCGAUAUUCGGUGGUGGCACCCACCCUUGCAUCUCACUCCGUCUUCGAGACGUCAGUAAACCAAUCAACGUGCUAACAGGCAUCGAUUAUUGGCUAGACAAUUUAAUGUCAAACGUUCCCGAAGUCGUAAUGUGUUACCACUUGAACGGCAUCGUCCAAAAAUACGAACUUAUCAAAACCGAAGACUUACCCCGCUUAGAUAAUUCAAAAUUUUCCCCUAAAUUAAUUCGAGACGUUGCUCAAAGCAUUUUAUCGUUUCUUAAGUCAAACGCGACCAAAGCCGGCCACACUUAUUGGCUAUUCAAGGGAAAAGACGAAGAGGUUGUGAAAUUAUACGACUUGACCUCACUUUGCUCAGAGAAAGAUGUGGAAAAUGGUCAAAAUCCCUUCACUAUACCUGUGGGUAUGUUAUUAUACCGAGUAGCGCGUAAUAUGAAACAUACAUCGGAUCGGCAACCCGGAACAAUCCGGAUGUUGCUUAAAAACUGUGUUAAGUUGCUACCGGAGGAAAAAUACCCAGAAGUGGUCACGUCCUCGCACUAUAUGUUGGCCGAUUUGUACGUCCCGGCAGGGACCAAUCCCGAAGCGCCUGGUUUAGAGCAGGAAGUGGACGAAAAUGAUGAGUUUGACGAUGACGAUUUGAUCGACGAUAAAGACGAUAAAGCUACGAAAAUUCUCGUCUUGGAUCAGAGUGAUUCUAGGGAGAAAUUUGUUAAUUAUUACAAGUCGCCACCGCCGAUUACGGGAACUGUGGAAGAGCGGUGUCUACAAGCUGUACAGCAUGUGGCAACCGGGCUUAAUUGCUUGCAAUACUUCCAACAACACCAAACUAGUGCUAGUGGUAAAAAAACAGCCGAAGAGGAGGAAGUUCCUGUUGCCAAGCCUUUUGAACCGAUUCCAAUGCCGUACGGGAAGCUUGAUUCAAAUGAUGGUCAAAAGAAACAAAAAAAGAAAGACAAAAAAAAGAAGAACGAGAAAAAGAGUGAAAAUGCCCUACUUUUGAAAAACAACACUCAGCCUUUGCCGACUUGGCAAAACGGGACGGGAAAUAUCUCAUGGAAGGACCAUCUCAAGACUUUACUUUAUGAAAAAGCGGUCUUGGUUUAUGCAAUUUUGUCGGAACAACAUUUCGGUGGCCGAAAUUACGGUAACAGUUUGAGGACGAUUGGUUUGUUGGCUAGAUGUCAGUUGGUGAUGAACCGCCUCCUUUACAAUUCCAACGCCUUGAAGGAGAAUUGUUUGCUGGGCAGAGCCGGCGAUUGUUGCAUUAUGAUGAUCCAAAACUGGGAUAAAGUCGAUAGUUACCGCCAGCAAUUCCAAAACAAUUCCGAGGAAGAUUUAAAAUUGAUGGAACAGCUCGAAAAAGACGAGCAAUUGUACAACAUCCACAUCGGCGAGUCGAACAUGAAGUGCGUUUUCAUUUACGAUAUUCGCACAAUCGAGCAAAUUCUUCUCAAAGGUGUGGAGUGUUACGAAGUGGCGUUAAAAUCAAGCGAAAAUGAUAGUAUUUUACGGCGGUUGGGUAACGGUUUAAAUGAAGUCGCCUCGUUUUAUUUGAAUAAAGCCAAGUCGGCUAAAACGAGCGAUCUUACUGUGGAAAUGUGCAAAAAAGCUGAACCGUACUUAACGAGAGGUUUGAUUGUUUUCGAAAAGGUUAAAGAUGAGGCGAAUGUUGCACUUUUGUACACAAAUAUGGGUCACAUGCAUCGACUUUUAGCACAUGCUAAUACGCCGGAAAACCGGGGCGAGUUGAGUCAAAAAGAAAAGUUGCACUAUAAUAAGGCAUUUAUUAAUUAUAAGAAGGCGUUGCAAGUUUUGGGGGAUCGGAAACACUGUCCUGGGAUUUGGGAUGCUGUUAGGUGGGAGCUCUCGACUGCGUUUUUCAAUAUGGGGACGAUUAUGCACGAAAAUCCGCCCUCUAAUAUCUCGAAAGCCGAGGCGGAAAAGGAGGUGAUUGAAGUGUUGCAAAAAGCGCUCCUUUAUUGCGACUUUGACGAAGCAAAUCCCAAGUAUCCGCUGUAUCAAUACCGCGCAGCGAUGAUUCAUUAUCGGAUUGGUUGUCUUUAUCACAGUCACAUCUGGACGGCUGAAUCCGAUUCGACAAACAGAAAAAACAUUAUACAAUUAGCGAAGAUUAAUUACGAGAAAGCUUCCAAAUAUUAUCUCCUCGCUUCGGAUGCAAUUAGUUACUUUACGUCGCAAAUGCAAAGAGUGGCACUGUUUGAGUAUCUCGGAGAUACUGCUAAUGCGCCGAAUAUCAAGAUUAAACAUCUGCAGUACUGUUUGAGUGUGUUUAUUGAGAUCAAUGAUAUGGUUAAGCUUGUGGUUGAGAAGAAAGUCGAGGUGCCGGAGGAUUCAGAUGGGGAGAAAGAAGGCUUUAAAAGUUGUUACGCUUUGCUGAAUCUCAUAAAGCAACGAUUACAACACGUACUUAAAAUGCUGGUCAAGUUAUGUUUGACCAAACCUCCAGUUAACAAAGACUGUCCGAAAUUAGGGGAAGUUUACAAAAGUUGUUACAUGGUAACGUUUGACUUGAAAGAUGGAGUCACACGUGAUGAGUUUGUGGAAAAAUUGCACAUUGUUCUUACACAAAUUUGCGACAAGAUCGCCGAGUUUAACAAAACUUUGGAUUAACUGACCCUGUAUUUUAUUUUUCGUUAUGAUUGUUAAGUCCAAACUUGUUUAAAUAUUGAAGUGAUUGCGGAAAAAUCCAAUCAGCUUCGGUAUUAGAAUAAAUACUUGUUUUUGUACCUGUUGCGUGUACGUUAAGUUGGUCAGUCGUUUUUGUAUUGUUUUUUUUUACCAUUCCUGUCUCAUAUUUUAGCGAGACUUUAUUGCAUUAUUGCGUUGCUCGAAACGUCAGUGAAUAUGUGAUCUAAUCAAACUCGUGGUUGAUUCAAUCUACUUUUCUGUGAUAGGUCAGUGUAUUCUAUAAUAAACUAUUUUUAUGCGUU